UUUCUGCUCCAAACCAGUCCCCACUUUCUCACUACACUACAAAUUGCACUAACUGUGAAGAGAGAGAGAGAGUACUAUGGUUCAUGUCUUAAAUUGAGGUUGCAGAGGAGUUGUUUGCAGCCUGUGAUGGCGGCGUUUGCAGAGGCGUGACUUUAAUGCAUCCAAAUCACACUCCCAAAUUUCCAAUUCAAUUCAAAAUCAACCAAUCCAAUCCUCGUCUCCUUCCCUUACCCUAAAUUUCUUGUCUGCACAAAGCUGCAAACUAGAGAACAAACUCCCAAAUCAGACUGUCAGUCACACUUUUCCUUACUCUCUCUCUCUCUCACACACAUAAUUCAGUUAGUUUUGGGUUUUUUUUUUAGAUAUAGAUAGGGUUUUGGUAUGGAUUUUCUCUCGAAUUUGAGCACAAAGCUAGGUUUAAAUAGGGCUGGAAAAUGUCUGGGUUUUUCUCACUAGAAGGAGGAGGCAAAGAUCACCAUCAAGAGACGGAAAACAACGACGACCACAGCAGCAACAACAGUCUGUUUCUGUUCAGAAACCAAGAGAUCUACAACAAGGGUUUCGAGCUAUGGCAGCAGUACUACCAGCUCCACCACCAGCAGCGGAUCAAAGACGCUGCUGGUGAUGAGAGCUACUACGCUGCUCAUCACAGAUCGUCGUCGUCAGCGGUGAUGCGGCGGGGCGGGGAGGGGGCCAACUGCCAGGACUGCGGCAACCAGGCCAAGAAAGACUGCGUGCAUCUCCGCUGCAGGACCUGCUGCAAGAGCCGCGGCUUCGACUGCCAGACCCACGUCAAGAGCACGUGGGUCCCCGCAGCCAAGCGCCGCGAGCGCCAGGUGGCGCUGACGGCCGCAGCUGAUAGUAAUAUUAAUAAUAAUAAUCCCAAGCGGAUCAGAGAGAGCCGCGCCGUUGUAGCUCCCGCUGUCCGCUUGCCUACUUCAGGGUUUGAGGUGGGGCAGUUUCCGGCGGAGGUAAGCUCCCCGGCGGUUUUCCGGUGCGUUAGGGUGAGUGCGGUGGACGAGGCCGAGCAGCAUUACGCGUACCAGACGGCUCUGAGCAUCGGCGGCCAUGUCUUCAAGGGAAUUUUAUACGAUCAAGGCGGAGAGAGCUCCUCCUCCGCCUCUCUGGACCUCAUCGCCAACGCGAGCAACUCACAGAUGGCGGUGGCCGAUCCUAACGUUUAUCCGACCCCACUCAACGCCUUCAUGGCGGGAACGCAAUUCUUCCCGCCACCAAGACCUUGAAAGAGACAUUUUGAGUUCAUAUGUAUAAGAUGAUUAGACUAGUUAGAUUGAGGAGAGCAUUCAAUAUCCAUUGGCCCUAUUCUCAUUGAAGAAAGCAAUUAAUGUCUUUGGAUGGUUCUUAUUGUUGGGAUUUCAAUUAUUAUGACUUUGUGCAUUGGACUAA